UUUUGGAUCGGAGCGGUCGCAUACAGGACAUGAACAGAUUCAUCCUCCUGAUAAGCCUCUAUGGCUGGGUGUCUGGAUACUCUUUACAUUUAACGAAAGAGCCAGAUUCACCAAGUAAUCUGCAUGGUACCGUAAAUAUUCCAAUAACAGAACGUACAAAUGGAUGGAAGAUAAUUAUAACGUUCACCGGACCAAUCUCAAACCUUGACAUAUGGGCUGGUACCGUCUUUUCGGAAUCUAGCGACAUGACAACGUUUACAAUUGUUAAUCGAGUAGAUAACGGAGUGUUGGAUACAGGAAGCAACCUGGAUAUCAGUCUGUAUGUGAACUAUACGGGAUCAACAACACCAACUGCAAAAGCCGAAUUUUAUAAUCUUGGACAUGAUCCGUUCGUACCUCCAACCGCCAUGCCUAACACUGACGGUACUAAGUACAACUUGAAUGAAGUUCUUGAGAAAUCGAUACUGUUUUAUGAGGCACAGAGAUCGGGGAAAUUACCUCCUUCAAAUCGUAUACCCUGGCGGGGAGAUUCGGCGUUACAAGACAUGGGAGAUAAUGGCGAGGAUCUUACAGGAGGAUGGUAUGAUGCGGGUGAUCAUGUCAAAUUCAACUUUCCACAAGCUGGAACAGUCACCAUGUUGGCCUGGGGACUACUUUCCUUCACGGACGCGUAUGAUGAUGCUAACCAGCUUCAAAAUAUGUACGACUGUAUUAGAUGGCCUUUAGACUAUCUAAUGAGAUGUCACGUGACUCCAAAUGAAUUCUAUAUACAGGUAGGAAAUGGUAACUUAGAUCACCAGUUUUGGGGCAGACCUGAAAAUAUGACAAUGCACAGACCUGCAUUUAAAGUUGACGCGCAGCAUCCAGGAAGUGACGUAGCAGCAGAAACAGCCGCAGCGUUCGCUGCGAGCUAUUUGGUAUUCAAGGAUGGAGACAGCGCAUACGCAGCAAAAUUACUACGUCAUGCAAAGGAACUAUUUACUUUUGCCACCACAUAUCGAGGUCGAUAUUCUGAUUCCGUACCGGAAACGGGUCCAUUUUAUGGUUCAGAUGAGGAGAGGGACGAGCUGAGUUGGGCUGGAGCCUGGUUGUACAUGGCGACUAAAGAGGCCAAAUAUUUGCAAUCGGCUGAGGCUAACUAUAUAGGAGGCGUGGCAUGGGGUCAUGGCUGGGGGUCAAAGAUUCCAGGGAGUAUGGUUUUACUUUACAAGUUGACUAAGAAAGACGUCUAUAAAAAUGACAUUGAAGCUACUUUUAAAUCCUGGCUUCCUAAUGGAACUGUGCCCUACACACCGAAAGGAUUUGCUUUCAGAAAUAAAUGGGGAAGUCUUAGACAUACAGCAAACAUGGCCUUCAUAGCAAUCAUGGCUUCCUUGGAGAACAUUAAUUCAGAUGCGUACAGACAAUGGGCGGAGACUCAGAUAAACUACAUGCUUGGUGAUGCUGGCAGAAGCUAUGUUGUUGGGUUUGGUAAUAACCCGCCAACACACCCGCAUCAUCGAGCAAGCUCAUGUCCAAUGUGGCCGGCGCCAUGUUCGGAUUACAACCUGAACACGGACGCCCCCAAUCCGCACGUGCUUUACGGAGGCCUUGUUGGUGGACCUGGUGAGAAAGAUGAAUAUACAGAUGUGAGGACGGAUUAUGUCAGAAAUGAAGUAGCUAUUGACUAUAAUGCAGGUUUUCAAUCGGCUGUGGCAGGUCUUAAGGCAAUGUACUUGAGAGGUGAAAUGCCAUAACUUUAUAUGAUUUAAGGCAUGAUAAUGUAAAGGAUGUGAACAGUAAAUAAAAUAUUUAUGAAUUGAA